CUCCUCCCAGACAGCUUCUAAAACAUUCCAGCCCACCUCUGGGAAUCUGCUGGCUCCUCCACUCUCUCUCUCCGCUCCAGUCAAAACUUCUCCAGGAGCUGAGGACACCGGGCUGACACAAAAUGAGAGUACUUGUUGUCUUGGUAACUUUGGCGUGCUUUGCCAGCGCUCAGCACCAAGCACUGAUUGACUACUUGGAGCGGAGGCUGCAGACUAUCGAGGACCGGAUCUCUUUGUGGCAUGAGCAGACCGCCCGCUACGCCUCGGAGCUGAGGGAGCUGAAGCAACAGAUGGUGUCCCAGCUGGAGAGCCUGGAUAAAGAGAAAGAGUUUCUGAGGGUGACUCUGGACGGCGUGGGAACGAGGGUGGACCGGGUGGAGCGGGAGCUAGACUACCUGGAGACACAGAACGGUGCUCAGCCGUGUGUGGACGUCGACGACAAGCUGAUAGAGCAGCAGGUGAUGCUGGUGAAGGAGAAGCAGAAGGCUAAGUACUCAAAACUAUCAGACUGCAGUGACAUGAUCUCCAGCAUAAAGGCCAUGAAGAUCUUGAAGCGAGUUGGAGGGCCAAAGGGCAUGUGGACCAAAGACACAGGCCGGGGCUCUGGGAAGGUCUACAUUUUUAACGGGACAGACGAAGACACCAUCCAUGAGUUUGCCUCCGUUCAGGACUUUGCUCGCUCGCAGGGCAUGUCUCUGGCCAAGAACCUGAAGCUGCCGUCUGCCUGGAAGGGAACAGGACAUGUUGUCUUCAACAAUUACGCGUACUAUAUAAACCAGGCAGAGGAGAUGAUGGUGGUUAAAUAUGACAUGAAGAACAGCUCUGUGACGGACAGCGCUGUGUUUCCAGUGCAGGACCAUCUCCCCGUGUACGGCCUGACCCCAGAGACAGUGAUGGACCUGGCUGUGGACGAGGAAGGCCUGUGGGCCAUUUACGCCACGCGGCAGAAUGAGAGGUACAUCUCUAUGGCCAAAAUGGACGCCAACACGCUGGACAUUGAGCAAAUGUGGGACUCAAACUGUCCGAGGGAGAACGCGGAGGCGGCUUUCAUCAUCUGUGGCACUCUGUAUGUGGUCUACAACACCAAGCAGCCCGGGCGCUCACGAAUCCAGUGUGUGUUCGACGUCAAUGACAUGGUGACCAACGAAGAAGCAUCACUGGUUUACUUUCCAAAGCGUUACGGAGCUCACUCCAGUCUGAAAUACAACCCUCAGGAGCAGCUGCUCUAUGCCUGGGACGACGGCUACCAGAUCCUCUACAAGCUUGUCAUGAAAAAGAAACUAGAAAUCUGAGCUAAAUAAUAUUUUAAGCCAUCCUCCCACAUCUUCCACAAACACACCAAAACAAUGUAUAGGUCCUUAACUACAAAUCAUGUGUACUUCAUAUUACUGCUGACAAUGUGUAUGCAUAAUGUGGCACAACUUUAGAAGGUGUGACUGGUUUCAAAGCGGUAAUAAUCAGUCUUGAAAUUAACUUACCUGUGUCAUCCAAUGACCAUGAUGUAUUGGGUUGCAUUCCUUUUGGGUUCCUAUUCUUGUAAAUGCGAAUCUCAAAAACGCCAUGAGGGGAUUUCUUCCAACUUGGCACAAACGUCAACUUUCUCAAUGAUGACCCAAUUUCAAUUUGGGUUGCCAAGGGUCACUGCGACCUCACAAACUCAAGUUAUAUGCUAAUCAUGACAGUUGUAAAGUUUAAACAUGUCUAAUAGGAUAAAAUGAUGAAGUGCAACUGGACCAGUUAAUGACCAAAUGCAAGGCAAUCUGGUAAUAUAUUGCUUUCCGUUUUGUCAAUGUGACAUACACUUUUAUAACAGUUUAAUUCCAGACUUUUAAAAUGUAAUGAGUAAAUGUUAUUAAUUAUUAUUAUUAUUAUUAAAUAGUCUCAAAAAUUGUAUUAAACUUUUGUUUUCUUUAAUAAUGCACAUUGACAACGACAAAGUUGCAACACUUCAUCAUAGACAAUCAAUUUGGGCUAGAGUCUGACUCUCCAAAACCAAACUUACUUUUAGAAAAUCUGAUGAGAAUUUGUUUCAUAUUUCCACAUCUGAAAUGUGAUCUGUUUAUCUGACUUCCAAUCAGACUGCACUGCAUAUCUGUUUCCUGAAUGUUAUCUUUGUCGACUGGACCGUUAACUUACUGCACUUACAAACAUGUGUAUAACAGGCAAUGCUUAGCUCAGAAUGUAGUGGUAAAAUGUAACAUUUAGUUAUUCAUCAAAUUUCAUUUUGCAGCUUUUUAGUUCAUCAGCCUUUACAUUUGUAGGGUCAAGCUUGUUUAAAAACAUCAAUAACUGUCAAAGUAAAUAUCUAUGGUGUUGUCACGUAUAGUGCAACAACAUUGUUGCCAUGGCAGACAGCCUCAGAGAUACAAUGAAUAAAACACAUUAUGAUACGUGAAAGAAACAGCUAGCUGGCUAGUGCUGUUAUAUUUCUGUUUUUGAAUUAGUGGAGCACAUAGGUAUUUUGUGGCGUUUGCUUUUUUACUAAAUAAAACAACAAAAUUGACAAAGAGCACCACUAUUUUAAUUAUGCCUCUCGUAAUGCAAUUGUUUAUUAAUUUAUAACAUAUCUAUUUUAUAUGGUUUGCUUACAAUAUGAUAUUUCCCCAUUAUCAUCUAUUCCUAUUUCCUCUUUACUAUUGGUUAUUGUGAAAAUAAAUUGCAACUACACCAAUUAACAAA